AUGGUGAAGGCCUUCCCGGACAUGUCAUUUCUCAACUCUUGUGAGAUGGUCGCGGGCAAUAUCAUCCUGAACUCCGAGAGGGAGUCCCAGCAGCCUAACGCCCUGCUCGACUCGGGCUGCCUUCGGGCAAAUGCGGCGCGUCUGAUCUUCUGGGAACCCAGCAAGGUCAAGGCUGCUGUGGUUACUUGUGGCGGGCUUUGUCCUGGUCUCAACUCCAUCAUCCGCGGGGUCACAAAGUGCCUUUGGAACGAGUAUGGAGUGCGAGAAAUUCUCGGCAUCACCGCGGGCUACAAUGGCCUCAGCGAUCCUGAAACUCAUCCUCCCAUACAGCUCACAGAGGAAAAUGUACGCGAAAUCCAUAUGAAGGGUGGAAGCAUUAUCAAGGCUGCCAGGGGUGGCUUCGACGCUGAGAAGAUCUGCGACAACUUGAAACGCAUGGGCAUCACCGUUCUUUUCUUGGUGGGUGGAGAUGGCACACAGUUCGCGGGCCAUCUGCUGUAUGAAGCAGCACGAAAGCGGCAACUUGCUGUGAGCAUUGUGGGCAUUCCCAAGUCCAUCGACAACGAUGUCAUCCUGUUUGACCGAACGUUUGGCUUUGAGACCGCUGUGGCAAAGGCAUCGGAAGUGAUUCGGAAUGCCUUGGUGGAAGCAAGCAGCUGCGAUCGAGGCGUGGGCAUCGUCAAGCUGAUGGGACGGGACUCUGGCUUUGUCGCCAUGCAUGCGGCCACUGCUGCAGACGUGGUGGAUCUCUGCAUGAUCCCGGAGGUAAAAGUGGACAUGAAACAUGUCAUCGAACAUGUGGAUGAUACCUUGGCCAAGAAGAAGUACAUGGUGAUUGCUGUUGCGGAAGGGGCAGGGCAAGAGCAUGUAUCCACUGGGAAGCAGGAUGCCACAGGCCACACAAUCUACGGCGACAUUGGUGUUUUCCUAAAGGACACCCUCAACAAGCAUUUGAAGCCCACCGGUGGUCGCACCUUCUACAUAGACCCUUCCUACAUCAUCAGAUCUGUGCCAGUCACUCCAAACGACCACAUCUACUGCGUUCGCCUUGCCAACGACGCCGUUCACACCGCCAUGCGUGGAUACACCGGAGUCUGUGUGGGUGCUAUGCACAACGUCGUGUGCAUGCUCCCCUCGAGGCUUAUCGCUAGCGGCAAGAAGAAGGUCAGGCCGCACAGUACCUCCUGGCAAGGGUGUGUCCAGACCUGCAACAUGCCCGCGACUCUCUCCGGUCUCGGCGUAUGA